AUGGCCGUCCUCAUCACCAUCCUCGCCCUCUAUCUGAGCCCCUCCUCCGCGCAACUUCAUCUCCAACGACGUGGUCUCCCAGGUGCAUACUACACCUGCGUCCAAGAAAACUUCGCCGGCCCAGACGGAUGCGGUUGGACUUCUCCCACCGAACGUUGUCGCGCACAAGGCGGCUCUGGCAUCAAGUCACUGGGCCCGGACCCAGGAACCGUAUGCAGUCUGUUCAAGACUGUUGAUUGCACCGGCACUGCCAUCAAGUCGAUCACUUUUCCCGGUCUUGGGAGUGGAUUGCCAGAAUUCGCAUCCUUUAGUUGCAAGGUCGCCGGGGCUCAGACCAACAGGGUAGCUACCAAGGGUCAAGCGUUGGAUCCCGCGACAUUGGCAGGGGGUGUGGGGAGUACGGUUAGGAUGGAGCAUGCGGAGGAGCUCAAGGCCAUGGAGGAGGAUGGCUUCAGUGAGGGCAUGAUUGGAUUGAAGAAGCGGCUUUAUUACUAA